CUCGACUUUACCUGGAAGUCCGAGUUCCCGGAAGCUUAUUGGAAACUAGUUACGAUGUGGCGUAUGUCGUAUAGUUUCUACAUAUUUUUACUCAUUGCUAUAUGUUUUGUAGAAAUGUCAGGCAGCAGCGACGGUAAUUUUAUGUACUUUGCGUUUGGGAGCAACUUAUUGAGGGAAAGACUGCAGCUAAAUAAUCCAUCGGCUGCGUUCGUCUCUACAGGUCGACUAAAGGACUACAAGCUGAACUUUGGCCUGUGGGAGGAACACGUGGAAAACUCGUGGCACGGCGGAGUGGCCACCAUCGAGUCCUGUCCGGGCGAAGAGGUGUGGGGUGUAAUCUGGACUUUGAGCAAUGAAAACCUCCCAACCUUGGACAAACAGGAAGGUGUGAGCCAUGGAAUGUACUCCCCGCUGGAGGUCUCUGUUGAGAUUGAUGACGGUGUGCUACAAUGCAGGACGUACCAGAUGAACAACUUUCACGCCUCUCCUCCAUCUCCGCAGUACAAACAGGUGGUGUGCCUGGGAGCAGAACAGAACGGGCUUCCAAGGGAAUACCUGAACAGGCUGGAGGCCAUUCAGACCAACAACUACUCUGGCCCCUCAGUCCUGGAUCAAAUUAGAACCGUGACGCAGCUACCUGGAAUUAAGUGAACAAAAAUACAAUAAUGAGGUUUCUAGAACAUUUAAGCCUCAUCAUCCAUUUAGGCUUUCAAAUGGCUGUAUUCCUCUUAUUGUGUUAGAUGUAAUAGUAGUUACAUCCAUGAUGCUCUACUGUAAAAAAAAAAAA